GUGAUAGGUUGCUGGGCGUCAUCGGGAUACAGCGUGCAAGGAUGCGCACAAUUCGAGCAGAAGUUGAGAGCAUGCAUGGAUGCACCGAGGAACCAGAACAUGAAGAAGAGCAACAUCAAUUACCACCUCUCGCGGAUGUAUCCGAAGAUGAAAGGACCUCACAAGCGCGACUAA